GUUAGUGUGUCCGGGUAGGGCUACGUGUUGAGGAGUGGGACCCUUGUCGUGCACCAACACCACGAUGGACGACUACCCGAUGUAUGGGUUGCUGGUUGGGUUCUCCCUCUGGGGGACCCUCUGGCGUCUCCUCUUUCCUCUGGGAUUUUGGCAUACCUUUGCGAGUAGAGUAGGGCCCACUCGAGGUGGUACCGCUACCCAACCAUACACGAAGGAUGAGGAGGAGAAGAUGGCCGCCAUCCUGCAGGAGAGGAAGGAGAAGAAGGAGGCCAAGAAGAAGGCCUUGAAAGAGGAACAGGCGGCCAAACUAAAGAAGAUGGAAGAAGAGAUGGCCAGGGAGAAAGAGAGGUUGAAAAAGGAAAAAGAAGAGAAGUUGAAGGAGGUGGAUGAAGAAGAGGAAGGACCGCCACUGCAAAAGAGUGGGCAGCACAGCAGCAGCAACAGUGAUGAGAUGGAGAAGAAGAUUUCAGAGUGGGUCGCCAACUUAUCCCUGGGUGAGGAGGAAGAGGUUGCUAUGUACAUCCCCAAGGAUGAGCAAGAAGCCGCCAUGAAGAAAUGGGAAGCAGAAGAAGAUGUUCUGACGCGGCGGGCGAUGGAGGAUGAACAGAGGAUGGCGUGGAAGCUCGCCGUGAUGAGGGAGAAGAAGAGAAGAGUGGAGGCGGCGAAUGCAGCAAUGCAAGAACUAGCGGAGGUGAGGACUGCCUUAACAACACAAUUGACUCCGCAAGUAGAUCUCCAACGCAAAGUGGAGAUCAUCGCCCAGAGCGUUGACCAGUUAGCUAAAGUGAAGGAAAAGCACUAUGAGUUUAGUCCCAGCCAGGAGAUAUCCGUGCGUUCGAUGCGAACGGGAUUACGGGAUUUUGCUCGCGAACUAGUAGGCUUUGUGGGAUCCGAGGUGAGUCAUCGCCUUGAGAAAACUGAGCGUUUUUGUGUCGGCGCCAUCGAAGGCGUCAAGGUGGCCGCUCCCAAGGAGGAGGAGGCCCAUCCUCGCAGGGAGCCAGUCAAAGUCAAAUUCCCUGAUUCCUACAGUGGGAAAAGGGAAAAGAACUUUGACAAUUUGGAGGCCAAUGUUAAGACCUAUGUGCAUUUGCAACAGGUCUCCCCAGAUCAGCAGGUCUUAAUUGCGAUCCAUGCACUUAGAGACGAGGCCGCCAGUUUCGCGAGAUCCCUUGUUCGUCCUGCCAACUGUAGUGACGAUCCAGUUGCGUACUCCUCGUUUACGUCCCUCAUUGAAUUCUUGAAGCUGCUGCGCGAGCGAUUUGCUGAUGUUGCCCGUAGUGUCAAAGCCUCAGAUAGGCUUCAGAGAAUACACUCGCGCCAAUGGAAGAGUGCAAGGGCACUCAAGGGCACAAUGGAUGAGUUGGUGGCUGUUCCUGACCACAAGGUCACGGAAACCCAUUUGGUCAACCUUUUCUACCGGGCUAUGCCCGAAACGCUGCGUGGUCACUUCUUUGACAAGAGUCAGGACCCUGCUAUGACUUAUGAUAUACUUAGCAGGGAAGUGGUCGCGUUCGAGGCGAAGUCUGCGUCGAUUUUCACGUUCUGGCACAAAGAUUUAGACAAGGGCAAAAAGUGGAAGGGCCGCACUAUCUCAGGGCAAGUCAAGACCAAGGAUAGCCUUGUGCUCACUUUAGAUGAGGGUAGUGUGGACGAGAUCCCCUACGACCAGAUUGAGUGGGGGUUCGAGGAGGAGGACAGUAGUGUGGGCCAGGGGAGGACUUACGCUGCUGUCGCGGCUGGAGGGAGGCCGCAAGGAGGACGAGGCCAAGGCCAAGGGGGUCGGGCCUCAGGGAGCCGGUUCCAGGGCGAUCAGGAGGUUGGCGGCAGAGGAGGGAACCGCCAAGCGGGAGGCCGGUGUCUAGACAGCUGUCCCGAGACUGCUUGUGUUAGAGUUUCGCUAGACACCUCCCUCGCAGGCGUGGCGGAAGAGUCGAAGGAGAGGAGGCCCGCCUGGGCCAAGAUGAAGAAGGAGAAUAAAGGGCAGCUGAUUUUAUUAGAUGCAGAGAUUUUUAGAAGUAGAGUAGGGGCCCUAGUAGACUCAGGGGCCACCCGCAACUAUAUUAGUAAGCAAGCGCUGCAGAAGUUGAGGCUGGGACUUAAGGUCCAGAAACUGACAGACCCCAUAGUUAGUAUCCUGGCGGACAAUCGUACCAUGGUUGUAGAAGAUUACAUAGAGGGAGUUCAGGCGUAUUUCCGCCUAGAGGAAGAUGGGAAGGUGGAGAAGGUCCUCCACUCCCUGACUCUCCUCGUAGAGGACAGCCUCCCAUUUGAUACAGUACUGAGAAUGGAUUGGGGAGAGGCAACCGGGGCAACGCUCCAUUUGAAGGAGCACGAGUGUAGACUCCCUAGUUCUGCAGGCGAGGUCUUUGUUGCCUAUGUUAGGCCCGUCACUGAGCCUAUGGAAGAGAAUCCGAUGGACCCUGCGAUUGCCAAGCUGCUAGAGGAGUUUAAGGAUUUGACUGAGCCGCCGACAGGCACGGUGCCGCGGCCCAUCCAGCACCGUAUCGAGAUAGAGCCUGGCAGUAAAACUCCUAAGGGUGUUGUGUAUAGGAUGUCCCCGCGGGAGUUAGAGGAGCUUCGCAAGCAAUUAGAUGAGCUCCUCGAGAAGGGUUGGAUUAGGCCCAGUUCGUCUCCUUUCGGAGCGCCUGUUCUCUUUGUUCCUAAGAAAGAGGGGGAGUUGAGAAUGUGCAUAGACUAUAGGGGUCUGAAUGCUAUUACAGUAAAGAAUGUUGAGCCACUGCCUAGGAUCGACGAUCUCUUAGAUCGAGUGCAGGGGGCUAAGUAUUUCUCUAAGAUAGACUUAAAGUCCGGAUAUCAUCAGAUAGAGGUACACCCCGAUGAUCAGUAUAAGACAGCCUUCCGGACUAGGUACGGGCAUUAUGAGUUUAUAGUGAUGCCCUUUGGACUUACCAAUGCGCCAACAACUUUUCAGCGGUGUAUGAAUGAUUUGUUUAGGCCGUGGUUAGACAGAUUCGUUGUAGUUUAUCUAAAUGAUAUUCUAGUGUUUAGCCGGACCCUCGAAGAGCAUCAAGGUCAUCUCAGGCAAGUCUUGGAGAAACCGAGAGAAGCUAACUUCAAGAUCAAUGCAAAGAAGUGCGAUUGGGCAAAGACCCAAGUUUUGUAUCUAGGCCACGUCUUAGACGGAGACGGCGUUAAGCCAGAAGAUCGCAAGAUCGCAACGAUUAGAGAUUGGCCCACGCCACGUACGCUGACAGAGUUGCGCUCGUUCCUGGGCUUAGCGAAUUACUACAGGAAGUUCGUGAGGAACUUCUUCACCAUCGCUGCGCCCAUUCGCAGAUUGCUGAGAAAAGCGACAAUCUGGAAGUGGGACAAGGACUGCACGUCUGCCAGGAAGAAGCUAAAGCAGGCGUUGAUAGAGUAUCCGGUCCUUAAGGUCGCCGAUCCGUCCUUGCCUUUUGUCGUUACUACAGAUGCUAGCCAGUACGACAUAGGCGCAAUGUUACAGCAAGAUGAUGGCAAUGGCUAUAGACCCGUAGAGUUCAUGUCCGCUAGGAUGCCUUCAGAGAAGGUUGCGACAUCUACCUAUGAGAGGGAACUCUACGCUCUCAGGCAAGCAUUAGACCAUUGGAAACACUACUUGCUUGGGAGGCAUUUCAAAGUGUAUUCGGACCAUGAAACGUUACGAUGGUUAAAGACCCAGGCCAAGAUGACACCUAAGCUUACUAGGUGGGCCGCAGAGAUAGAUCAGUACGACUUCGAGCUCAAGCCUGUCAAAGGGAUAUAGGAAAGGAUCUGCAGCAGAAGGUUAGAGAAGCCUACGUGCAGGACCCUAUCUAUAGU